AUGGAGUCGUUGGAGUCGUCAUCCGUUCCCCCAGGAUUCAGAUUUCAUCCCACCGAGGAAGAACUCGUCGGCUAUUACCUCAAAAGGAAAGUCGAGUCCCUACGAAUUGAUCUUGAUGUUAUCGUCGAUAUCGAUCUUUACAGAAUGGAGCCUUGGGAUAUUGAAGGAAAGUGCAAAUUGGGAUAUGAAGAACAAAACGAGUGGUUUUUCUUCAGUCAUAAAGAUCGGAAGUAUCCAACAGGGACGAGGACGAACAGAGCGACGGCAGCGGGUUUUUGGAAGGCAACGGGAAGAGACAAAGCCGUGUUAUCGAAAGACAGGAUCAUCGGUAUGAGAAAAACCCUUGUUUUCUACAAGGGACGCGCACCCAACGGUCUAAAAAGCGACUGGAUUAUGCACGAAUAUCGUCUCCAGUCAUCUCAACACGCUCCCAUACAGGAAGAAGGCUGGGUGGUUUGUCGAGCAUUCAAGAAACCAAGUCCAGUUCAAAAACAAGCAUUCGAAACUUGGAACGAUGGAUACCAUCUCGGAAACACCAAUAAUUUUCGGUCAUUUUCAUCCGCUAACGAUCCCUUUAACCCGUUGCAAUCUUUUCAUUCAAAUCAAUCCACAAGUUCACAUCAACUACCAUUUGGUACUGAUCAAGAUCAACAAUUCUUUGCAAACCAUUUCCUAAUCGAACAUUCGAACAUCGACAGCCCCUCGGCUUCAAGAAGCUUAGCAACAAACGAAGAUGGUGAUUAUGAAAGCAGGAUCGAUUUUAAUCAAUAUGGUAAUGAUUGGAAAAACAUGGAGAACUUGAUGGAGUCCGAGUUAAGCAAAUCGAGUUCAUUUUCGUAUUCAAGUAUGCCGAUGAUGAAUGGCGACAACGAGCUUCAAACCAACCAUCUUUUUGGAUGCUUUUCGGAUUUGUAA